UCUGUGACAAUACAUAUGUUCCGUCACAGCAGUUCCUUGAUGAAAGAGUCACGAUAGAGAAGUGCACUGAAGUGCCACUGCACUAAACUCUAGAGAACGCCACUAUCCAUGGACAGGGACCUUUGUGACCUGACAUGCCAGUGAAGGAAACCCUAUCCCAGGCAGCAUACAGCCAAUCAUGGAGCAGCAGGCCUGGAUUCUGAGGAGCAUCCUGUCCCAGCUGGAGAGUCAGGUGGAUGAGGGGGCACCAAAUGGUAUUGCUGACGAGUUUGCGAGACUGAAAACCCAGUCAACAAAGUAUCGCAUUGAAAAGAUCUUCACCACCAAGGCAGCAGAUAAGCAAGAAAACAUCAAGAAGAACCGAUACAAGGACAUCGUUCCCUUUGACCACACUAGAGUAAAACUCUCUUUCACGACAUCCAAAAAAGACACCGACUACAUCAAUGCCAGUUUUAUCAAGGGAGUUUCAGGGUCCAGGGCCUAUAUUGCUACUCAGGGUCCACUAUCACACACACUGGUGGACUUCUUAAGGAUGAUUUGGGAAUAUAACGUAAAGGUUAUUGUCAUGUCGUGUCGAGAAUUUGAAAUGGGAAAGAAAAAGUGUGAAGUGUACUGGCCACAAAAACAAGACGAUGCGUUUGUCUGUGAAGCUUUUACUGUUCACUGCGAUUCUGAGGAGAUUAAAGGGGACUAUCUGGCAAGGACGUUAAGGUUGACUUAUCGCAAUUGUAGCCGCACUUUGAAACAGCUGCACUACUUCAACUGGCCGGAUCAUGGAGUACCAGACACCAUCCCGCCCAUUCUGGACAUGUUGCAUGAGAUGCGCUGUUAUCAGGCGCAUGAUGACAUCCCCAUAUGCAUCCACUGCAGUGCUGGCUGUGGAAGAACAGGAGCUCUUUGUGUUAUUGAUUACACAUGGAACCUCCUCAGGAGUCAGAAGCUCACCUCAGAUUUUAACAUCUAUAACUUAGUACAAGACAUGAGAACCCAGAGGCCAUCUGUAGUUCAAACCAAGGAACAAUAUCUCCUCGUCUACAGAACCAUCAGGGAACUGUUUCAGAGGUAUUUGCAAACUUUGGAGCCGCGAAACUGCCACAAGGAGGAGACGUUGCCUCAAUCAGCAAUCGCUGAGAUGAGUGAAAAUGAUUCCUCUGACCAGAGUGAGGAGUUUGAUUUAACGCCACACCAUCAGGACCUGCUUGAUGAAGAAAGCAGUUAUUUACAAAAUUCCAGCUCUCCUUUGGCCCAGGCUUCAGAUAAUCUAACUGCCUUUAAAUAUGAGGACAUGCAGUGGGGGCAGGAACAAUAUAACCCAUUCCACACCAUACCAGAGGCGCUGAAUGCUACCCAGGGGUUACUUGAGGAACCAAGGGGAUCUUCUAAACUGCUUCAUACCAAUCAUACUGCAUAUGCAGCGAGUGAGAGCAUACUGAACAUUAAUGACAUCUCUGUGAUGAAUUCUUCACCUUUGCCGGCCGUGCCUGAGGCUGUGUGUCUAAUGGUGGAGGACCCCUAUUUUGACACUCCUAUGAGCUCCCCUUCAUCUAAGGAGGCUGUAGUGGACCUAGCAGAAGACUCAAAGUGGACUAGCAGCCUGAUCUUCCGUGCACCUUCUGUGCUCUUAAACGACCAGACCAUGGAAAUCAGCUCUCCGGCCUCAGUUCCAACUUACGAUGAAGCGCCUCCACCUUUACCUGAACGAACUCCUGAAUCCUUCUUCCUGGCAGAGGAAGCAGAGCUCCCAGAUCAGUGUGAAAGGCUGUCGGUGAUCUAUCCUCCAAAUGCUGCUGCUGAACCCAUACAGGAGCUGGAAGAAAGCGCCCCAUCACCUGUCCCACCACUCCCAGAGAGAACCCCAGAAUCAUUUGAGUUAGCCACCAAUCCAGUUCUUGUAGCGCCUCAGUUCAAGGUGCCACUGGCUGUGAACCUGGGUGUAAUUGGAUUGUCUUCAGAAUGGUCAGGAACUUUGAAGACAGAAGAGUUGCUUCAUCAGGAUAAAACAUUUGUGAGGAGCAAGAGUCUUAGAGCAAAAAUGACUUUCUCAGCUCCAGCUUCAGAAAUGCAGCUUGAUCAAACAAAUGUCCAAAAUUACUGUUCAACUCAGAAUCCUCUGACUCCUCCACAUCUUCCUCCUCACACUCCAGACAGUCUGACAUCACCUAUUGCUAAAAGAGCCUCAGAAUCAUUUCCUCUCCCUGCAGAAGAUACUCAUGAGAGAAAUAUGCUACGCCCCCAUUCCAUGGGGUCAACACACCCCCUGCCAAGGGUAGGAAUGUCAUCAGAGUGGGAUGGCAGCUCCCAGCCCAGGAAGCUCCUGGAUGCUGUCAAGAACCGGAGCAAGAGCGUUCGAGCUAAAAGUUCACGAUCAGAGCCCCUCAGUGCAUUUCCGCAGUUCACUCCUCUUCCUGUGGUCGCAGCUGAAGGAGGAAGUGCGCAAGUGGAACAAAAUAAUAUGAACCGCAAGCCCUCCCUAAACAGUGACAGAUCAGGAAACAAAGCAGACAAAAGCAAUGAUAAGGGCAUGCUGAGAACAAAGAGUCUGAAAAUAUUUAGGCAUAAACUGAAACCUAAAACAGCCCCUCCACCGCCUCCAUCUCAGGCCGAAGCUGCACCUCCCCCACACAGUAGCUCAUUUAAUGUGUUCAAAUUUGGAUUCGGGAGCCGCUUUGGAAAGCCAAAAGGUCCCAGGAGCUAUCCAGAGACCUGGAUCUGAAGAGAUGGUCUCAUUCACUGCACUACUCAGUGACUUUGGGACAGAAGCAGGUUUAUUACAAAGUUUUCAGAAAAAACAUCCGGCACAGCAGAACAGCAAAGAAAAACCUAAACAGGCGGAUCUGUGCAGCAGCACCUCCCAUCAGGACACACAGGAAUGGCCCAUUCAUUGUGCAAUUUAUUAAGUAAAGCAAAUUUGAACUACUGAACAGUGCAGCAAAAAUAAACUUCGAAUCAAGUGCGAAUUCUCUGAAAUGGGAAACUGCUUGGAAGAGGUUGCAGUUAGAAGACUUUUCUGUGCUGAAGCUGUUAAACCAUUAGAUAUGUAUGUGUGUGACUGCCUGUAUGCUUUCAGUGUGAAGCAAGAAAAUGGGUCCAACUUUGAAUCUUCAUGAGCAUGACGCUGUCUUUCAAACACAUCAUUUAGUGCUUCUCUGCAAUUUUAUUUAAAAGCGAUAUGAUGAAACGGACAUCCUAAGGAACAUUGUCAUGCAUACGGAUAUGCACAAUUAUUUAUUAAAAAUAUGACUUUGA